UGUACCUGAACCGGCGCAGACCCCGCCUCCUCCCUGGAGCAAUUCUCUGCGGCGCAUCAGGUUUACUGUUCCCCAGUGGCGUUGGUUGGGCUUUAGUUUACACACGUUUACUAGAACUCGGUUACCCGUCUGAGCGAAAAGUAAGUAGUUAGUUAAUCACGAUUUAAAGGACAAGUUGGUUGUAGCGAAGCUGCUUAUUUGUUUGUGGAGUCUACUGGUCUGCUCACCUGCAGGCGCCGCCCGGAGAGAAGCCACUCUCGACGCGCUACUUUUUCUACUCCAUUUUAGAGAGGAUAAUCCUAUCUUCAGUCCAGUUUACUUCGGAAAAUGUCAUCAGUGGAUCAUUACAGAUACUUCAUUUUUAACCAAAGAAGUGUGACUGUCCUGGGACUCCUACAGAUUGCUUGUGCAGGGUUAUGUGUCGUUUGUGGUUUUAUUGAUGCAGCCUUCAGAAAAGACACAAUGCUAAGUAACACAAGAGCACCAGUGUGGGCAGGAGCGAUCAUGGGAGUACCAGGUGUAUUGGCCCUAUUUUCAUCCCAAAAAAAGAAUCCUGUCUUGGUCAACAUUAUGAUUGGUGCCUCUGUAUUCUCAUGUUUUACAUCUUUGAUAGUAGUUGUUUAUUCCUCCCUCACGUUAAGCUAUGGUGAAGAUGAUGACCUCUUCCACCCUUUGCAGAUCCAGAACCAACAUGCAACUUUUGUUCUUGGGAGACUUGUACAAGGAGCCAACGUCGUCAUGUUGAUUUCUUGCGCACUUGGUAUGAUGCUGGCCCUGCUCAUUGCUUUGGUUGGGUGCAGAAGCCUUCCUUAUUGUGCCUGCUAUGACAGUGUCACUGGAUUGGACUCUUUGGUAACAGAUGACGGUCAAAAUACAGAACUAGUUUGUACCUGGCAAGCUUCUGGUGAUGAUAGAUUAUUCAAUGCUCCCAUUCAAUUCAGUGACAUUCGUUUUGAAGCAGAUGAAGAUGUGGCCUCUAAGCCCCCUCCGUAUAUCAGACUGGCCUGAAAGAGCCAACAUUUGUGUCCUUGCACUGAUUCCUUUAGAAAAUGAUCUGUUGCUUUUACAUUGGUUUAACUGAAAUACACCAAGGGUUUACCCUGUUUUAACCUUAUUUUGAACCUGAUUUAUGUACAGAAUGAACUUUAUUGUUGUUCAAUGUCAUUAUUUUAUAGGGUUGAUUUUAAUGCAUAGUCUUUUUUUAAAUUGAAUAUUGGCAUAACAUUUUAAAUGUGUGGUUUCAGACUUGUGCAGUAUUUCUAUUUAACAUUCUUAAACUUGUGUUGAGCUUAUGUUAUUAAAUGGUGAUAAAUGCACACCAAUCCGGCAAAUUUUGAAUGAGGACAUGGGAUAAUACGUGUGUGCAUGUAUAUCGGGAGUUAAAUGAAAACAUUCGCACUGCUUUAGGAAUGGUCUUUUUUUGUUCAACACUUGGGAAAAAUGACAUUUAAAAAUGGCUAGUGAUUCAAUGCCUUCCCCACUUUCACUUCUUCAAAUGUAGCUUUGGGCCGUACCUGAUCAGGCACACCUAAGUGAGCUACACACUUUGUGGCUUCUUUUAUCAUUUUUAUGGUUUACCUCAAAUUUAAGAAAGCUGCGCUGUUGGACCAGUUCCACUGUAGCACAGAGCUGUUCAGAGUCAUUCCAGCUGCAGCUUUGUUUAUGAACACUCUGGUUUGGAGAUGGUCUUCGGCCAUGCUGGUACUAUUACAAUAAACGGUGUGCAAGUUGCCUUAAACUGUUUUCCUUUUCACAUAAAGUGUUUGUUUACUUUGUAAUUUAAAUCCACUCGGAAAUAUUGUCUUCCACAUUUAGCAGGGAAUAUGUGCCAAUUUUUGGUGGUGUUUUUUAAAAUGUUAUAAGAAAUACUGAAGUGUUAUAAUCCUCUGGUAUCCAGAAUAUUGUCACAAUUGUAUAAGAUGUUAUUGAAGCAAAUAAUAAAUCUAACUUUUAAAAAAUGUUUCAAGCAGCUUACUUUCCAGUCCUUUAUAGCUGAUCUCUAAGGUGUGAAUUUCAUUUUAAAAAUGCAUUUUGUAGCACUGUUUACUUAAUUAUUCAAGCUAUAAAUGCUUCUAUCUAUUUAGACAUCAAAGAGUAAUGCUAACGAAUGACCAUGUAUACAUUUUUUUUUGUUCACUCUGUACACCUUAGCCUAUAAAUAACAUCAAGUCAUGUCACUCGCAGAAAUUCUUAGAUGACUCUGCAUUUACGGGGGAUGAGACGGACGAGGAGUCAA